UGAAAUUAAUCUACGAACAGAAAUUAACAUUUACCAAAAGUUAAAAGGAAGCAAAUUGUUUCAAAUUUUUAUUUCAAACUUGCUUUUACUACUAAAAAAUAAUUAUUUUCUUACCUAUUUACCGAAGUUGAAUCAUUAACUGAAAGGAUUAGAUGAACUCUGAUACGGAGCCGCUUUGUUUUACUGAGAAUGAAGCUUCAAGCAGCAAUUUGUUAGAAUUUUUAUUAUUGUGUGGUAAACUCAAGGAAACGAAAAGAAAGGGCUGGGUAGAUCACCACAUACGGUAUCCAGAGUCAGUUAGUGAUCAUAUGUACCGUAUGGCUUUGUUUUGUUUUUGUUCGUGUCCGAACCACCUCAAUCGUGACAAGUUAGUAAAGCUUGCACUCGUCCAUGAUCUAGGAGAGUCCUUGGUUGGUGAUAUAACCCCUCACGAUGGCAUCUCUCCGGAAGAAAAAAAUAGAAAAGAGGCUGAAGCAUUUCGAAAGAUACGAGACGAGUAUCUAUCGUCUUGUACGGUUGGUCAAGAACUCUAUGAUCUUUGGAACGAAUAUGAAAACAAUUUGAGUGAAGAGGCUAAGUUUGUCAAGCAGGUUGACAAACUUGAGAUGUUGAUCCAAGCGUUUGAAUAUGAGAGAGGUAAAAAUGAUUGGUUUGAUAGGAUUUUGUUUCUAAAUGCUUGGCAACCAAGAUCAACAUAUGGACCUUUCGGAUUUUUUCAUGAGCUCAUCGCAUUGCAUUCAUAAUGACAAGCUCUUAGGAAUACUGAAAUUGUUACAAGCAAGACGUGGAGAAUGGCGAAGAUCCAUACGAUAGGAUGACCGAUAAAGUUUUCUUUAACGAC